AUGCCCAUAACUAUUUCCACUGUGCUGCGCAACAAGGACUGCAAUAAGGAUACUGCCUUCACUGCUGCAGAGCGAGAGGCUCACCACAUUGUUGCGCGCCUUCCAGCAAGAGUGGAGACGAUUGAGCAGCAAAUCAGCAGAUGCCGCGCACAAUUUGAUGUUCUCACCACGCCCACCGAAAAGUGGCUCUACUUGACCCGUCUUCAGGAGGUUAAUGAAACCCUUUUCUCUGGAUUUUGUUUGAAGUAUCUGAAGGAGGUUCUCCCCAUCGUCUACACCCCUACAGUGGGCACUGCCUGCUCCAACUACUCACUUCUCUGGCAGGGCUAUCCUCGCGGCUUCUAUCUGAACCGCACCCAUCUCGGCAAAGUCAAGCAGAUCUUUGACCAAUGGCCCUAUAGCCCACGCAUCAUCGUUGCGACCGAUGGAACACGCAUUCUUGGGUUAGGAGAUUUGGGAACGGGUGGCCACCAGAUUUGUGUCGGGAAGCUUACCCUCUAUUCAUUGGGCGGGGGAUUUGCACCGGAGCAUACACUGCCGAUUUCCUUUGACUUUGGGUGUAACACGGACAAGAUCAGAGAAGAUCCUCAUUAUCUCGGCAUCCCAGAGAAGCGGAACAAGGACGACACGUACUACGGGAUAAUCAAGGAGACGAUUGAGGCCGUGCACUCCAAGUGGCCAGACUGCAUCUUCCAAUUCGAAGAUUUCUCUAAUGACACUGCCUUUACACUGCUAAAGAAGCACCGCGAUGCUGGCCCUGUGUUCAACGACGAUAUUCAGGGCACAGGCUGUAUUGCUGCAGCCACCAUUGCUGCAGGACUCCGUGCUAUUUCUCUGAAGAUGAAUAGGACAGCCAAAGCGUCAGAACAGGUGUAUGUUAUGUUCGGUGCUGGAGCCGGCGGAAUUGGUGUCGCAGAUAACAUAGCGUCUCUCUCGGUAAGUGAGGGAUACACGCUUGAACAGGCCCGCAAGCAGUUCUACGUGAUAGAUUCCCAGGGGUUGCUGACAGCAGAUAGAGAUGACUUUGUGAAUGGGACUAUGCCCGGACAUAAGCUUCCGUAUGUGCGUCACGACCUUUCUAUCAAGGGCCACACAACUUUGCUGAGUGUCAUCAAGGCAGUCAAGCCCACGUGCCUUCUAGGGCUCUCGACAGUGGGGAAAUCCUUCACACGUGAGAUUCUUGAGACAAUGUGUGAGGGCCUCCCAACUGGCCAGCCGCCAAUCGUUCUUGCGCUUUCUAACCCUACUGAGAAGUGUGAGUGCACUUUUGCAGAGUGCAUGGAGUACACCAACAACACUGCAUACUAUGCAUCUGGCAGCCCUAUGCCGAGCCUCACACUUCCGAACGGUACCACAAUCCAGCCUGCGCAGUGCAACAACUUCUAUGUCUUCCCAGGGAUCGGCUUGGGGGCAUAUGUCUGUAGGGCAAAGAAGAUCACUGACGAGAUGAUUACCGGGGUUUCUGGGGCUCUAGCGCAAAUGGUCCCAGAAGAAAAGCUCCGCAGAGGCGAGCUUCUUCCAGAUUUGGAUGAAAUCCGCGAGAUUUCGUGCCAGUGCGCCCUUGGACUUAUCCGUAUCGCCGAAAAGCAGGGACAGUCCCGUCGCAUACUUCCGUCCUCUGACACUGAGCUGCUAGCCCAGCUGAGGGAUACCCAGUGGUCUCCUAAGUAUUGA